GCCAUUAUUACAUUAGUAUAAAAACAGUAAUAGUCGAUACAGUAGUAGUGGCACCAGUGGUUACUGUGGUGACUUGAUGAUUUUCAACGGAUUUACAGCUUUGCAAAACAAUGGGAACAACUGAUGUUGACUGUGGUAAUCAUGAAUCCAGUGAAGUCGACAAAAGAGUUAAACUCAUUCUCGUCGGUGAUUCAAAUGUUGGCAAAUCCAGUUUAGUUAGAGCAUUCACCACGAAACCAAGUGAUUUGGACUCUUCAUCUACUAUUGGAACAGAUUUAAAAUUGCAUGAAAUGUGGUAUGAUGGUCAGUUAGUGAAACUUUAUAUUUGGGAUACAGCAGGUACAGAAAGAUUUAAAAAUACUUUGACACCAUCAUACUUCCGUCAUGCACAAGGUGCUUUAGUUGUUUAUGAUGUUGGCUGCCAAAAAAGUUUUGAUGAACUGAAAACUUGGCUGAAAAUGGUUGAACAACAUUCAGGCUCAAGAAUUAUUAAAUUAAUUGUUGGCAACAAAAUUGAUUUACCUGCACGAGCUGUUGCUGUUCAAAAAGCUGAAGAAUAUGCUCAAAGUGUCCGUUGUACUUAUUUAGAAACAAGCGCAAAAAGUAGAGUGAAUGUAAAAGAAGCAUUUGAAACACUAGUUAAAAUGCUGUCUGGUGUCCAGUAUGAAGUGAAGGCUGCCAUUCGUGAAAGUCUGCAGAAAGCUGCUGGAAAUUCUUUUUGCGAGGCGCAAGUCAAGUCUCUGAACCAUGUAGAAUCACUGAGUUAACAUUAGUGUUAUAUAUAUUCGAAUCUUGCUCCUUGAAGAUUCUUGAGAAGCAAGCAACUGAAGUACGCAUUAAAGAGACGCGUAUUGUUCUUCAUGAGAAGUCCAAUGCACGCAAAUCACGGUGUUGUCAUCAUUAAAACUGGGAUAAACAAACUACUUUUGGAUCGCAUGCUUCACAUUCAGUAAAAAGAGAAAAAAAACAAAAAGAACAUUCAUAUUUAAAUUGUAUGCAAUUUACAAUUUUAUAUUAUUUUAAGAAUUUAUUCAAAAAGUAAUCUAUCCUACACUUCCUUUCAUGUAUUUAUUGUUUUGAAUUAAAUUCGCUGUUUGCAAAUUCAAUUGUUAUCUGCCAG